CCUGGUGUGUCUUGUGGCAGAUCUACGAAACGAACGAGAGGUGACGGGGUGGCGCAGGUGCAAGGCCGGAAAGCUAGGUUGCGUGACGUCCUCCGGGCGCCUGGCGAUCGAGGAUGGAGACGGGACUGUAUAAAUCGGACGGGAAGACUGGCGUCCAGCGGGAGGCCGAGGUCGAGGCGAGAAAUCAUUGCUUCCUCCUGGCCAGGAUCGUACGAGCACAUCGACGUGGUACGGACUAGACGCAGUGACUGCUCAAAUUCGCGAUGUUACGACACGCCCUGAUUGCCUCGUGCGGCCUCGCGUUGGGCGCUCUCGCUCAGAGCGGCGGCAACGGCAGUAGCAGCAGUAGCAACUCGUCUUGCGCUGCGCGUACGCUACACCUCACCGACCCGCCAUACGAAAACUACUUCUACUCGGACUGCAAUGUCGACGCUCAGGCCGUGGUGACGAGCCCGCUGCCCGACAGCAACCUCAGCAUCAUCGGCCCGCGCCUCAUCGUCGCCUGGCCCGCCGGCGACAGCGGCAUCUGCACCUUCUUCCAGCCGCAGGACGGCAAGAACGGCACCCUGGCCAUCGCCCUCGUCAACUCGACGCUGGGGACGCCGCUGGGCCCGGUGCACCGCAACGCGUCGCGGAACCCCAUCGUGGGCGUCGAGGGCGUCGUGUCCUUCAACGACACGGCCGAGCUCUCGCUGGCCAUCCUCGGCAGCGUGCGCACCAUCCGCGACUUCACCGAGGGCCCCAGCCUGCUCACCCCCUCGAUCCAGAACGCGAACCGCAUUGCAAAGUUCAACGGAACGGGGGCGCAGAUCUCGCGCCUGUGGCUCGACAAUGUCACGACGACGACGCUGACCAUCACCCCCUGGCGCAACAACGAUACCGAAGUGCGCACCACCAACUCCACGGUGCGCUUCGGCGCCGGCUAUUACCGCUUCUCCGCCUCCUUCAACUACCCGCAGCUGAAGCAGCUCCAGCCUGCGCAGAUUCUCAACAAUAAGUCGCAGUCGCUCAUCAAGAGCAAGCCGGACCAGGUCACCGCCCUGUCCUUCUUCUCUUACACGGACAAGCUUCUCGCCGGCGGCUGGCGCUUUCUGACGUACUUUGGCCGCGACACCAUGAUCGCGGCUCUCUUGCUCCAACCCGUACUCAGCACCGGCAAUGGAACCGCCAUGGAGGCCGUCAUCGGCGCCGCCCUCGAGCGCAUCAACCGCACCGACGGCUCCGUCUGUCACGAGGAGACGAUUGGCGACUACGCCACCUUCCUCAACAAGCAAAAGAACAUGACAUCUACGGCCGCGGGAUUCACGUACCCCAUGAUCGACACCGACUACUUCCUCCCCAUCCUCAUGCAGCGCUACUUCAACAGUACGCCGGGUCGCGUCCGGCCGCUGCUCAACACGCGCGCGGGCAGCGUCGCCGUGCAGAACAGUAACCUCACGUGGCGGGACCUGAGCUAUGCCACGGCGCGCAAGAUUAUGAACCUGACGGCGGCGUUUGAGACGAACCAGACGGUGGACAAUUUGGUGCAUCUCAAGGACGGCGAGGUUGUCGGGCAGUGGCGCGACUCCACGUACGGCCUCGCCAACGGCCGCAUCCCCUUCGAUGUCAACACGGCGCUCGUGCCUGCUGCGCUCUACGCCAUCGCCAAACUCGCGGCCACGCCGGGCGUGUACCCCAACAACACCAUCACCCGCGACUGGGCGUCGCUGGCCUUUGCCCGCGCCCGGAUCUGGGAGGACAGCACACUUCCCCUGUUCGAGUUCAACCGCACCGUCGACAAUGCCACGACGCUGCUCCAGCAGUACACGCGGCAAAACACCUUUUACAAGGGGCCGACGCACGCCGACGCCCUUACACGGUACUCGUCCAACGGCACCAUCGUCGACUACGGCCUCGCCAUCAACAGCAGCGACUCGCCCGACAUCAUUCCCAUCACGCACACCGAUACGGCGUUCCGCCACUUCCUGUUGAACUCAACCGACGACGUGCAACUGACGGCCUUUGUCAACGCCUCGGCCAACGCCGUUCUGCGCCCCUUCCCCGCAGGGCUGACGACCCCCGUGGGCGCCGUCGUCGCCAACCCGGCCCUGUCAGGCGAAGAGGUUCUGACAGCCAACUUCACCAACUCGGCGUAUCACGGCACCGUCGUGUGGAGCUGGCAACUCGCGCUUAUGGCCCGGGGCUUCGAGGUGCAGCUCGACCGAUGCCCCGCAUCCAACGCGAGCACUUCGACCGGGGGCAACGGCACGUCUGGAAACACCACGACGACCGGCGGUGGUAACGGCACCACCAGCUCGGUGCCAGCCUUCUGCAGCGACAAGAGCGUCUACGGCGCGCUCAAGGCCGCGUACAACCGGCUCUGGGACGUCAUCGACGCCAACAAGGACCAGCUGCAAUCCGAGGUCUGGAGCUGGACGUACUCGAUGUCCAACGCCACCAACAGCAGCAUCGCCGCCAACGGAACGCUCUCCAAUGGUACGGCCGGCACCGGGUACAAGUUCUCCCCGCUGGGCGUGCUGCCACCACCGCCGGGCGUAAGUGGCGGGACGGAGAGCAACAUCCGGCAGCUUUGGAGCCUGACCUUUUUGGCGGUACAGAGGAACAGCAAGUUUCAUUGAUAGCAAGGAGUAUGAGUGAGCUGUCAUGUUGAUCGGCUUUGUUGCUGGGAUAAGAGGUAGAAAUGCGAUAGGGAUAGGGUACAUGUAAGAAGUUGAGUGAUGGUGUUUCUUCGAUUAUGCACGAUAUAUGUAGACAGGAGAGACACGACGUGUGUAAUUCACGAAACCCCUGCUUUUGGAAC